CAAAUUCAAACGGAGGAGAGCGCCAGUAAAAACGGGCAACGCUUAUUUGCGCAUUCAUUCGAAAGUAAUUCGAAAUUAAAUUCACGACACAAUGUUUCAGAGUACUAAAAGCCGCGGAUCGAACAUGUUCGAUAUUCGUUAUUAUAAACCGUUUAAAAUGUAUUUACAAUUCUUGGGACAAUAUCCGACCCAAUCGCGACUGAUCGGCAACCUGAACGUAACCGUUAUAAUAUGCUCCCUCGUGAGCCUCAUGAUCCCAGCGAUUUCACAAACUUACAUCUCGAUAAUUGAAAAGAAUUUAGACGCUGCGAUGGAAAGUAUACCCAUCUUGGUCACGAUAAUAGUUUGCGUAAUAAAGUUGCUAAAUCAUAAGAUUAACAAGGAAAAGGUAUUUGUCUCCGAGAUUUAUGUCGCAAACACAGUAGGACUACCUUGUAUAUUCUACGUUAUAGGAAGUCCUACUGCGUGUACACGAAUUACGAAAUACAGCUUUUAUGCAGUUGUAUGUGUUUCGCAGUACGACAAUUUGUUCGAUCUCGUAAACCAGGAAUGGGAAUCAGUGAAAUCCAGUGAGAAUCAAACUAUUUACGUUCUCGACAGUGUUACCCGGCACGGACAUGUACUGGGCGAAGCAUACAGAACCACUCUGUUAUUAUUUAUGAUCUUCUUUCUGUUCGUUCCUCUGUUUCCCCCGCUUAUGGAUGUUAUCCUGCCACUUAACGAGACUCGUCAACGACAACAAAUGUUCAGAUUAAAUUAUUUUGUGGACAAAGACGAAUACUUUUAUCCCAUAUAUUUUCACUGUUCGUGGUGUUCGUUCCUAAUAGUAAUAAUAACGGUUGCUAUGGAUUCGUUACGCAUGGUCCUCGUUCAUCAUGCCUGCGGAUUAUUCGCUGUUUGCGGAUAUCAGAUUGGCAAAGUGACGGAGGGUAAUUUAAGAAGAAGUGGAACUUUGUUUGAACAAAUUAAAAAAUGCGUGACCACACACAAGGAAGCCCUUCGGUUUUACGGGAUCAUAGACAAUAGCAGCCGUACGAGUUACUUCUUUAUAAUCUUGUUCAAUAUGAUCGGUAUCACCGUCACAGCUGUACAAAUCGUACUAUAUCUACAUAAGCCAGAGGAGGCUCUGAGAAUCGCUGUGUUUCUAAUAGCUCAGCAGUUUCAUUUACUAAUCGUCACUCUACCUGGACAAGUGCUCGUGGAUUAUAGUUCGGAACUGGCUACUGAUGUAUAUUGCUCGGCAUGGUAUCAACUGCCGACGAAUAUUCAAAAGAUGCUUUAUAUAAUGCAAAUAAGGUCGGGCAAGGCUUGUAAACUGACGGCAGGAGGCUUGUACGAAAUGAACAUUGAAAAUUUUGGAACGACAUUCAAAACGUGCGCCUCGUAUUUUACGAUGCUUUUAUCCCUCAAAGAUUAGGUCGUAUGCAAAAGUAUUUAUACACACGCCUGUUGUACUACAGUAUACAAGUACGAGAACAUUUUAAUACUCAUUCAUAUAAUAAAAAUAUGUGUCUACUUUA